AUGGAUUGCCACAAUCCACAAAGACACAUGUAUUGCCACAAUCAAUAGAGACACAUGCAUUACCACAAUCAAUAGAGACAAAUGGAUUGCUAGAACCAAAAGAAACACAUGGUUUACCACUAUCAACAGAGACAUAUGUAUUGCCACAAUCAACAGAGACACAUGAAUUGCCACAAUUAACAGAAACACAUAGAUUGCCACAAUCAACAGAGACACAUGGAUUGCCACAAUCAACAGAGACAUAUGUAUUGCCACAAUCAACAGAGACACAUGAAUUGCCACAAUUAACAGAAACACAUAGAUUGCCACAAUCAACAGAGACACAUGGAUUGCCACAAUCAACAGAGACACAUGGAUUGCCACAAUCAAAAGAGACACAUGGAUUUCAACUAUCAAAAGAGACACAUGGUUUGCCACAAUCAACAAACGCAUAUAGAUUGGCACAAUCAACAGAUACCCAUGGAUUUCCACAUUCAACCAAGACACCACCUUUACAUGCAACAAAUACAUAUGAUUUACCACGAUUAACGAGUGCAUAUGAUUUGCCGCAAUCAACAGAGACAUAUAGUAUGCUACAAUCAAUGGGUACACAUGAUAUUCAACUGUCAACAAAUAUAUAUGAUUUGCCACUUUCGACAAAAACACUUUUGUUGCCACAAUCGGUGAAGACAUAUAAUUUGCCACAAUCAACAGCAACAAAUAGUUUGCAACAGUCAAUGUUGGCUACAGAGAGCUUACCUCAAUCAACUCUGACACAUAUAUUGCCACAAUCAACUAUGAUUGACAGUCAGGAUAAGCCACAAUUAAACAAGCGUAUCACUUCUACUACAACAAUGCCAUACACUGUGCCAAUUUCUUCAGAACCAGAUGGUUUGACUGCACCAAGUGAGUUCACAGCACAAUCAUCACAAUUACCAAAGUCAUCACAAUUGUCACAAUCAAUAAUUGUACCAGACUUAAUCUCUUUUCCAUCCACUUUGUUAACCACUUCUGUUAAAAGCAUGAAAGGUUCACAAGAUGACAUAUCAAGCACCAUUGAUGUAAGUGCUCAUCCUCAACCCUCUUUCAAGACACACAGUCCUGAACUGAAAAGCAAUCAGAACACAAUCACAAAUACAGAUGUUAUACGAGUACAACCAGCUUCUACCAAGAGUAUUGCUGCAACACAAUGCAUUGAAUGUGUUACUAAAACAGACACGAUAAAACCGAGUAAACCCCUCCCUAUAAUGAGCAGUAACAUUGAAAGUAGUCAGAGUUCAGGUGAGUUCGCUAUAGCGGUUUAUAUUCUAGAUGUAUUUUCCCCUGUUGGAGUUCUUUUAGAAGGAGGUAAGAAAAGUCAAGAGAAAAGUUUUAAUCCAAGUUGUUUUAUUUCUUGUUUAUGAUCGUUUCGAUG